ACGAUUGAGCUAGAAAAUGAUCAUGUGGUCGAUAAAGGUUAUCUUUAUGGGAUGAAAGUCCGUAUUUAUAACUCGGCCCACUUUUUCACUUUGAUGAGUUUACCUGGCAGAGAAGACCGUACCAGGAAUCAUGUUGAAGUUAGCAUGUAUUCUAGCCAUUGCAGCAUUAGUGUCAGGUUCCCCAAUUUCUACCAUAGAGAAAGCUGAAAAUGAAAUAACAUGUAGUAUUUGUACACAUAUAAUAACCAACAUACAUGAUGCUUUAAUUGACAAACAACAUCAGAGUCGAAUAACUGAGCGUUUACUGUCUUUGUGUAACAAUUUAAACACAGAAGAAAAAGAAGAAUGUGAACUAAUUAUACAUAGUGCUGGUGAUGAUACCAUGGGUAGUAUGGCAGAAGAAAUGAGACCUGAAGAAUUUUGUGGUAUGUUGGGUUUCUGUCAGGCAGAACCCCAGCAGAUGAAACCAGUAGUAAUACAACAAGUUAGAGAAACCCCUGAAGAGGGAGCAGCAGGAUGUGAAUUGUGUGAGUUUGUGGUUCAACUUAUUGAUGGAUUCGUUCAACAAAAUUCUUCUGAAGCAGCCAUUAAUGCUACAAUUUAUAAAGUCUGUAACUCAUUACCUGAUCCAAUUAAAUCUACAUGUUUGGGCUUUGCUCCUGAAUUGGUGAAAGUUUUGUCUGCUGGAUUUGACCCAAAAGAAGCCUGUACUAAAAUAAAACUCUGUGAUGGUUUGUAUAAUUAUCAUUAUAUAGAUCACACUAUUCAAUUAAUUUGUGUAUUAAUUAAAACGAAUGAUAAUUUUAUUGUAGGAUACAGAGAACCUACGAUGGAUUCUACCUUGUGUGAGUUAUGCCAGUCUCUAGUUGAAAUGAAUGUAUUUGGAGAUGUAACAAAUGGAUUCUGUUUUAAACUAAAGACUUGUCAAUCUGUCAAUAAAUCUGUAAAACAAGGUCAACAACCUACAGAUAGUCCUGGAUGUGAGAUUUGUCAGUUUGUGGUACAGAUAGUGGAUUCAUAUCUUGAUGAAAAUAGGACUGCUGCAGCUGUAAAUUCAACUCUGUAUAAAGUGUGUAAUUCUUUACCUGAUCCAAUCAAAUCAACAUGCUUAACUUUUGCUCCAAACUUGGUGAAGGUUUUAACUGAAGGAUUUGAUCCUAGAAGAGCAUGUACGGAUAUCAAAUUAUGUCAAGCUGGAGCUGUCUUUAAAAGUAAAUUUGAAGACUGUGAUUUGUGUCGUGACUCUAUUAAAUUGAUAGCUGGCUCACAGGAAUCUGAAAGAGUUUGUGAAUCUGCCAACAUCUGCCCUAAACAAGAAAAAAAGAAUGUUCAGGGAGCAGGAUGUGAAUUAUGUGAAUUUGUGGUUCAACUUUUUGAUGGAUUCGUUCAACAAAAUUCUUCUGAAGCAGCCAUUAAUGCUACCAUUUAUAAAGUCUGUAACUCAUUACCUGAUCCAAUUAAAUCUACAUGUUUGGGCUUUGCUCCUGAAUUGGUGAAAGUUUUGUCAGCUGGAUUUGACCCAAAAGAAGCCUGUACUAAAAUAAAACUCUGUGAUGGACAGACUAAAGAAAGUAUUAAAGAGAUAUUAUCUUGUGAUGGAUGUAAAAUAACAGCUGGUAUAUUGUUGGGUGAGGACAAAGUGAAUAUUUGUGAAAAGACAGAAGCUUGUAAAAAUAAAGAAGAUCCAAUUCCUGUUCAAACUAAAGAUGAUAUAGAUGUUGAGGGAGCAGCAGGAUGUGAAUUGUGUGAGUUUGUGGUUCAACUUAUUGAUGGAUUCGUUCAACAAAAUUCUUCCGAAGCAGCCAUUAAUGCUACAAUUUAUAAAGUCUGUAACUCAUUACCUGAUCCAAUUAAAUCUACAUGUUUAGGCUUUGCUCCUGAAUUGGUGAAAGUUUUGUCAGCUGGAUUUGAUCCAAAAGAAGCCUGUACUAAAAUAAAACUGUGUGAUGGACAAACUAAAGAGAAAAUUCCUGUUCAGACUAAAGAUAAUAUAGAUGUUAAGGGACCUGGAUGUCAAUUAUGUGAAUUUGUGGUUCAACUUAUUGAUGGAUUCGUUGAAAAGAAUUCUUCUGAAGCAGCCAUUAAUGCUACCAUUUAUAAAGUCUGUAACUCAUUACCUGAUCCAAUCAAAUCUACAUGUUUGGGCUUUGCUCCUGAAUUGGUGAAAGUUUUGUCAGGUGGAUUGGAUCCAAAAGAAGCCUGUACUAAAAUAAAACUCUGUGAUGGACAAACUGAAGAGAAAAUUCCUGUACAAACCAAAGAUAAUAUAAAUGUAAAGGGACCUGGAUGUCAAUUAUGUGAGUUUGUGGUUCAACUUAUUGAUGGAUUUGUUGAAAAGAAUUCUUCUGAAGCAGCCAUUAAUGCAACCAUUUAUAAAGUUUGUAACUCAUUACCUGAUCCAAUUAAAUCUACAUGUUUGGGCUUUGCUCCUGAAUUGGUGAAAGUUUUGUCAGGUGGAUUGGAUCCAAAAGAAGCCUGUACUAAAAUAAAACUCUGUGAUGGACAAACUGAAGAGAAAAUUCCUGUUCAAACCAAAGAUAAUAUAGAUGUAAAGGGACCUGGGUGUCAAUUAUGUGAGUUUGUGGUUCAACUUAUUGAUGGAUUUGUUGAAAAGAAUUCUUCUGAAGCAGCCAUUAAUGCUACCAUUUAUAAAGUCUGUAACUCAUUACCUGAUCCAAUUAAAUCUACAUGUUUGGGCUUUGCUCCUGAAUUGGUGAAAGUUUUGUCAGGUGGAUUGGAUCCAAAAGAAGCCUGUACUAAAAUAAAACUCUGUGAUGGACAAACUAAAGAGAAAGCUCCUGUUCAAACUAAAGAUAAUAUAGAUGUUAAGGGACCUGGAUGUCAAUUAUGUGAGUUUGUGGUUCAACUUAUUGACGGAUUCGUUCAACAAAAUUCUUCUGAAGCAGCCAUUAAUGCUACAAUUUAUAAAGUCUGUAACUCAUUACCUGAUCCAAUUAAAUCUACAUGUUUGGGCUUUGCUCCUGAAUUGGUAAAAGUUAUAUCGUCAGGUUUAGAUCCAAAAGAAGCCUGCACUAAGAUAAAACUUUGUGAUGGUCAAACAAACAUACAUAAUGUACAAAAAAAGGUUGGAAAUGCUGGUUGUGAAUUCUGUGAAUUAUUGGUGAAACAAGUUGACCAAAUUUUACAAAGUAAUACAUCAGUACCAGCUAUCAACGCUACCUUAGAUAAAAUCUGCAAUUCUUUACCUCCUACUUUUAAAGCUCUGUGUGAAAGCUAUGCCCCAGCUUUAGCAAAAGCACUAGAGAAUGGUUUUGAUCCUGUUAAAGCUUGUUCGGAUAUUCGUGUAUGUCUUGAUGAUUCUGAAAAGAGAGAAAAUGAAUGGAAGUAUGCUGUCUGUGAUGUCUGCCAUUCCGAAAUGAAAAUUAUAUUCCCAGAGGAUUAUAAGAAAUGGUGCCUACCUGCAUGUGAUGUUCUAAAGAAUGAUAAUACACCCAUAAAAGUUGUGUCACAUGUUGCUGACAAUGCUGUUCGAAGAGUUGAGGAAAAAGGUGUUGGUUGUGAAUUGUGUAAAUUGAUCGUUCAGGAAGUCGAUACCUAUUUAGAACAAAAUCGUUCUGAGGCUGCUGUUAAUGCUACUUUAUAUAAAGUGUGCGAUAGUCUACCUGCUGCUUUCAAAACUCUGUGUUUGGGAUAUAUACCUACUUUAGAAAAAGCUUUACGCAAUGGUUUAGAUCCUCUUCAAGCAUGUACAGAAAUUCACGUCUGCACAAACAGUACAAUGAGUCGAAUAGUGAGGAGUACAGAAGGAUUUUCUUUUGGUGAAGUCAAAUGUGAUUUAUGUAGAGACAUCAUGAGAUCUUUAGAUACAGAUGUAUUUAAAGAUGAGGCGACAGUAAAACAAGGUAUUGAUAAUAUAUGUGAUCGUUUACCACAACCAGCUAAAGAUCAGUGUCGAAAUGAAGUCGAUCCAAACUGGAAGAAAUUCUGGAAUAAUCUUGUAAAUGUUGUGGCAUCCCCUGACCAUGUGUGUGAUCUUCUUACCUUGUGCAAAAAAUCAUAACUCAUAAUAACAUGAUACAUUUAUUAAGAUUACCUUGUGUAUUAGACUAUAGUACUAAAAUCACUAACAUUGUUUUGUAGAAUGAUGAAUAUAUUUCUGGAUUGAGCUUAUAAUAAUAUUAAGUAUAUUCUAUGUUGAGUGAUGCUUGUUUGUUAUUUCAACUAAUAAAGAAUUACAUUCAU